AACCGAACGCACUUCCGGGCGGUACAACGUGAAGCUGAGCGAGUGAGGUAGCUUUGCGCAGGUGGCUUUCGUGCGUUUUGUGGCACUAAAACCUCUGUAAGAUGGUGAAGUUGUCGGCGGAGCUCAUUGAGCAGGCGGCCCAGUAUACGAACCCGGUUCGGGACAGAGAGCUGGACCUUCGAGGCUAUAAAAUCCCCGUCCUGGAGAACCUCGGAGCCACUCUGGACCAGUUUGACACAAUCGACUUUUCAGAGAACGAGAUCCGCAAGCUGGACGGCUUCCCCUUGCUGAAGAGGCUCAAAACGGUGCUGAUGAACAACAACAGGAUAUGUCGGAUCGGCGAAGGUCUGGAGCACUGUGUGCCCAACCUGAAGGAACUGGUUCUGACGAACAACAACAUCCAGGAACUGGGAGACUUGGAUCCCCUGGCCUCCAUAAAAACCUUGACGUUGCUCAGCCUUUUAAGAAAUCCAGUGACCAACAAAAAGCAUUACAGGCUUUAUGUGAUCAACAAAAUUCCUCAGCUGCGAGUGCUUGAUUUCCAGAAGGUCAAACUGAAGGAGCGUCAGGAAGCGGAGAAAAUGUUCAAAGGCAAACGAGGUGCACAGCUUGCAAAGGAUAUUGCCAAGCGAAGCAAAACGUUUACUCCUGGAGCAACCCUGCAGAUGGAAAAGCGGAAGGCUGGACCCUCCCAAGCUGAUGUGGAAGCAAUUAAGAAUGCCAUUGCCAGUGCUACAUCUCUGGCUGAGGUAGAGCGCCUUAAAGGACUGCUGCAGUCUGGCCAGAUCCCUGGAAGAGACAUGAGGCAGGGCCAUGCAGGUAUGGUGGAGGAAGAAGAGGAAGAAAAUGAAGAUGAUAUUGCACACGGAGGUGCCAUGGUACAGAUGGAGGAAGCUGCUGGGGAAGAUGAUGGUAGAGAGGGGGAAGAGGAAGGAGGUGAGGAAGAUGAUGGCGAAGAAAUGGAGGAAGACACUCCAAUGAAUGGAUCAGCAUAACUUGUACAGAAAGCUCUGUGUUGCUUGCUCUCCAGUAUCUUAUUUGACUUCGUUAAGCUUGAAUAAAGCACGUUUUAUGUAAUAUAGCUUAAUUCAUUAAACUUUUCUAUACAAACAUUUCA